CCCAUCCAUGGAGCCGCUCGGCAGCGACGCGCCGGCUCCUCCGCCGCUCCGGAGGCGAAGCGGCAAAGUUCGCGGCGCUGCGCGAACGAUGGCGGCCAAGGAGGGGAAGCCGCAGCAGCAGCAGGCGGCGGCAGCGGGGGGCCCCAGAGCGAAGCGAGGCCGCCUGGCCGGCCACGGCCGCCUCGCCCUCGUCGCGGCGCUGGCUGGAGCCUUUGGACUCGUGCACUGGUACCAUCUGAGCAGCUUGUUUGAGAAUGACCGUCAUUUCUCCCACCUGUCGACCCUCGAGCGGGAGCUCACCUUCCGGACCGAGAUGGGCCUGUACUACUCCUAUUACAAGACCAUUGCAGAGGCGCCCACAUUUUGGUCUGGCCUGGACAUGAUCAUGCGCGACCGAUUGACCGAAUACCCGCAAGUGAUCAACACCCUCAAGCGGUUCAACCUCUACCCAGAGGUAAUUCUUGGGGGCAUGUACCGGACGUACCUGGCUGUGACGAACAGCCUGGGAAUCCAGACUGUGCAGUGCUGGACCGUGAAUCGUGGCAACAUGCUAAGUGCCAUCUCCAGCUGCGAGGGAAUGGGAGACAUUUCGUACUUCUACGUCAACAUGGUUUUCUUCCUGAAUGGCCUGAUGAUGUCCGUGUUCUUCCUCUAUGGGACAUACCUCAGUGGGAGCGUCGCUGGAGGCCUUGUGGCAGUCCUGUCCUUCUUCUUCAACCACAGCGAGGCAACGCGAGUCAUGUGGACCCCACCACUCCGGGAGAGCUUUUCCUACCCUUUCCUGGUGCUGCAGAUGCUGCUGGUUACCAGAGUUCUCCGGAGGCCACAGGUGGAAAAGUUGACCCUGGGCGUGCUCGCUGGCGCCACCGUUUGCUUCGUGCUGUGCUGGCAGUUUGCACAGUUCGUCCUGCUCACGCAGGUCGCGUGCCUUUUCGCGGUCUACAUCUUGGGCUACAUCGAUGCCGAGAAAAUGAAGAAGUUUGUUCUCUUGAACGUGCUGUGCCUCGUCGUCUCCUGCACCCUCAUGUUCGGGAACGAGAUGCUGCUCAGCUCCUUCUACGCCGCCUCCCUCGUCGCCAUCUGGGUGGUCGUCAGUCUGCAUUCGUGGCUGAAUAGGAUUUCCCGGGUUGACCUGUUGAGAUGGGUGGCACAAGCGGGCAUGUGGCUCGCAGUCACCUUCGUCAUAAAGACGGCCUGGAGCCGCCUGCUGGGAGUGGCCGAUGACGCCCACAUUUUCAACAUCUUGAAGUCCAAGCUGACGGGCUACAAGGAUUUCGACACACAGAUGUACACCUGCGCUCCCGAAUUCGACUUCAUGGAAUAUCAGACGGUGCACAAAUACACGGCCACGCUGCUGCUGCCCGUCGUCCUCGUCGUGUUCGCCAUCAUCGUCUACAAGGCAAUCAAGGAUAAACUCGCGCUGUUGAGGAGCACUCCUUCUCCCAGAGUCCCCGACAGAGGGCUUGCUUCUUCUUCCCAGAUGAAUAAGGAAAGGCUGAGCCCUCAUCAUGCCACGGUACUCAAGGGAGCUGCUGCAGAACCUGAGCCGGCCGAUUCAAAGUCGCAUCAUGCCGAGCUGGUGUUCCACGCGCUCAUGCUGAUCGUCUUCGCCGUCAUGGCCGUGCUCAUCAUGAGGCUGAAGCUCUUCCUCACGCCCCACCUGUGCCUCAUGGCCUCCCUGCUCUGCUCGAAGAAGACGCUGGGGGAGCCCCGUCGCAAGUGGCUGGUGCACGCGCUGGCGCUCGUCACGGUGGCCCUCAUGAGCGUACAGGGAAUAAGCAACAUCCACGCGCAGUGGGCCAACGUGGGCGAGUUCAGCAACGUGGAGCAGGAGGACCUCGUCACGUGGAUCAAGUCCCACACGCCGGAAGACGCCGUGUUCGCCGGCGCCAUGCCCACAAUGGCCAGCAUCAAACUCUCCACAGGCCGGGCGAUCGUAAACCACCCUCAUUACGAAGACGCCGGUCUCAGAGCGCGCACGAAGAAAGUCUACUCGGUGUACAGCCGCAAGGGCGCAGCCGAGGUGAAGGGGAUCCUGCAGGAGAUGGGCGUGGACUACCUGGUGCUGGAGGACUCGUGGUGCACACGCCGGACCAAGCCAGGUUGCAGCCUCCCUGAAAUCUGGGACCUCAUCGACCCCGAAAACAGAGGGAAAAUCCCCCUGUGCUCUCACCUGUACAACCACCCAUACCCACACUUCUCUCCGGUCUUCAGCAAUGAUGUUUAUACUUUGCUGAUGGUUGGCACCGAGAUUCGGGCGGAGAAGGGGUCCACCUAACGGCACAAAACCAACCGCAGCCGCGUGUCGGUCCGCCGAUGGAGAAGACCGCUGGCCCCCCCGAGACAUCUCGCUUUUUGGCAGAGGGCCGAGCGCUGCGCUGCCAAGAAACAAAACACUGUUCUUUGACGGAGGGGGCACGAUCCAAGUUAAAACCUGCACAUCAGUUUGAAACUUGGCGUGGACGAAACCGCGUGUGCACUCUUCUACAGUACAAACCACGCGGCCCCCACCGAUCGCACGGCCCACACCACGCGGCAGUCACAACACACGUUACACGCGAAUCCACACGCGUGUAACGUGGCACCCUCUGCACACGCGCACAACGAUGUCAACGGACUCCUCGCAGCCGUACACGCAGAAUAAUCCACUGCUGGAUGAAGGCCCCCCUCCCCUUCCAGCGUGUCCAUCAUGGCGGCGAGCAAGUGACCAUACUUCACUCUGCUGGUCAGCGUGGGUUGGUGAAGACGGAGUCCGGGUGGUGACGCUGCUCGGUGGCGAGUCGAGCGGCGGCCACCGCAGAGCAGCGCCGUGCGUUCCCUGUCUCAACCCCCCGUCCCCGUCCCCAUGUGAUUAUGAAGGAUGCAAAACAAAAAGUUGGUACCAUUUUCCCAGCGCCACCGUCGCUACUGUGCACAGAGAGCCGAGUGAUGUCGCGAGCUCUGUCUUUACAACUUCGUUGCACUUCCCCCGCACCUCCAAUUAGCACGGUUGGCUACGUACGGCGCGAAAGAAGUUCGACGCACGUACAUCCAUUCAACGUGCAUACAACGUGCGUACAUCAACGGCGGGCGUCGACACGCCGUCGUUACGCGCGAGCUGCCUGGGACGCCUCAUAGAGAAGUUUCCUGGCGGGAGCGUAGCGGCCUGGUCUCGCGACCACGAGGGGGUCGCGACCCGUCCCACGCCAGCCACCUGCCACCGAGCUGACCCGCGGCUUUGCCCCGCUGACGUCGGUGAGCGCUGCCACCACCGUGAUGCACGGGGGCGGGGGGGGGCUGUGUUUGACGCCACGUUUGGCAGCGUGGCGCCGAAAUAGUUUCCACUGCGCUGUGCCCCCUCUCCAGUGCACGUCUGACUUUGACAUGCCCAUUGUCAUUGCUCUGUCUGUUUCCAGACUGAUAAAAGGGGGGAAAGUUUUUAAGUACAAAUCACUUUUCUGGGCCUUGGCCCUGUUCCCAUCUCCCUCCCGCCCACCCACCCCAGCAGGCAGCAGCAGCAAUAAUGUUCAGUGCACUCUGGGGACGAUGUUCUCUCGUGGUUGCCCAGGCAGCCGCGAGAGUCGAUCGGGCCGAGCAACGUGGCUUGUCGAAUGGGGACGUGCAGUGUUGUUCGUCGCCAAGGAACUUGAGCAAAUAUAAAGAGGUGGAGGGGGUGGGUGGGUGGGAUGUGUGCACUGUAUAAAUGUUGAACUUUGUUCAAGUGAAGCCGGCUGCCAAGACACGGCGGCGCGUGUUGUGGGUGUCCCAGGGAACGCCGGACAGCACCGCCUCGGCCUCUGCCCAGCCUGGACGACGCCCGGGACGCGGCCGCCGGCCGCCUCCACCCCGUGCUCGUGACUGCGGACGCUCCCCGGGGAAAUGACACUUUUAUUCCACCACGCAGACGGCGGUGAUUGUGGCGAGUCCCUGAUCCGGCAACUCGUGCGCUUGGUCCGAGGGGAGGAGGCGUGGACGUUGUUGUUGGCAGCAAAGAGGUUCUGCUAAAGUUUGGUGGAAAGUUUGCGAAAUGGCAGUGUUCGCAAUGGGUCCAAGAUUUUUUAUGCAUUUCCAUUGUCCGUGUUUUCUAGAGAUUAUUAUGAAUAUAAUUAUUACGGUUGUUUACCUAGGAAAUCCUGAGUCUCAUGAGCCUUUUUCAGGAGUGUCUUGCCAAUUAUAUUGCAGUCGUGGGGGGGGAGCGGGGUGCGUGAUGAUUGCUGCGGCUGCUGUUCCUGCUGCUGCUGCGGUGCGGUGUGAUCCCAAUGGGGUGAUUAAGUCACCAAGUGUCGAGAGUGUUUAAUGAACGAGGCGAGCUGUGAAGCCGGAGGAGCUGCCCACCGCGCCUGGCCCCCGCACGCUGCACGCCGCCCGCGAGCCAAGGGGGGCUUUGGGAGCGAGCUCCGAGUAACGGGGACACUGCGGCAGCAGCAGGAGCAGCAGCAGGAGCGGCCACCACCACAACCAUCGCGUGCGAGGCGGCCGACGCUAGAAUUGCUGUGAUUUUGUUUGUCAUGCAGUGUUACGUUGCGUCUCGAUGUCGCCGUCGCGAUUCCAAUUUUUAUUUUAAUUACAAGGUUUUGAGCGGGGCUGAACGAUUAAUCGAUUUCAUAUCGAUUUAUCGUAAUUUUUAAACAAUGCGAUUAGCAAAUUGCAAAGGCUGCGAUUUUUUGCGAUUUGAAAAGUCCUAUUAUUUCUACCUCACGGGACCUCCUUUGCCAGUACCAAAACACAAGACUCGGUUGUUCCCCUCUGGUCUCACACCGUCUGAGACGAGGCUCAAAAGAAAGCUGUCUCUGGUGUGGACCAAUCGGUUUCAAGAACAAUGCAUAUAUUAUCGGUGUUUUUUGUUUGCAUUCUGACCACAAGCAUUGUGGUUAAUGCGACAUGAUUCCUUAUAAAAAGGUUUCGGUUUGGUGUUUUAUCAACUUAACACCUGUUUUGUUGCCAGAAAAAAAGGGGAAAACCCUAUUCUCCCAUUACUUUCUUAUUGGAAUUGUUUUAUAGAUUUUUAUAACUUUAUUUAUUUAACUUAACAACUGUUCUAUGUUUGAUUGUUCUAUUUCAAUUAAAACAUUUUAAUAAAUACGUUGGAAGCAAUUCAUAUAUUUUAAGUUCUCAUCCUUGCAUUGGAAUAUCUUGAGCAGUUCAUAUAUUGAUGGUAUCAUGUGGUAAUGCUCCAUCACAUGUUGUAAAUCUAUUACACUGAAUAUUGAACUAAAGCUUGACUUAAAAAAAAUCGCAUAAUCAAAUCGCAACAUCUGUCAGAAAAAUCGCAAUUGGAUAUUUUCCCCAAAUCGUUCAGCCCUAGCGUAGAGUUAGCCACGUUUGAUUUCAACUGCCGACGACACGAGUGUGUGGAUCAGUAAACGCGGUUUCUUUUUAAACACUUGAGACCCUUG